AUGGAGUCUGAGCAGAUUAGUGUUACAGUCCUUCUACCGGACAUGUUUCAAACAUUUCUGAAGCAGGAAGCUCUGGUUAAUCCUCAUUAUGAAAAAGUCAAGAUGGAGUCAGAAGAGUGGCUGAGCGACUUUUGUUCAUUCGAGCCCAAGAUGAGGAAAAAGAUCAACAAAUGCGACUUUUCCUACUUUUGCGCAAUUGCAGCGCCGUUUGCUCCCCGCUCAAAGUUUCGCACGAUUUGUGAUUGGGGCAAUUGGGUGUUUCCUUAUGAUGACAUGUUUGACAACGGAUGUCUCCGAGACAAGCCUGAAGAAUCUCAACGAGUCAUGGAGAGUUUAAUGAUGCCCAUGAUGAAAAAGUCUUCUCACUUGGACACAAAAGAGAGGCUGCGUAUUGUGCAAGCUCAUGACACAGUCUUUCAACGAAUUGCCGCGGAAGCGCCUACAGGCGUCCAAAGGAGAUUUGCUUUGGCCAUGCAAGGCUACUGCCAAGGAGCGUUGAUUCAAAUCGAUAACCAGUUUGCGAGCAAGACGCCCUCGCUGGAAGAAGUCGUCCUCAUUAGGCAAAGGUCAGCAGGAUGCAAGCCUUUGUAUCACCUCGUUGAAUAUGCACACGGCCUUUUAAUUCCAGACGAGGUAUUUGACAAUCCUGUCAUCCAAGAGUUAGAGUGUCUUGGUAUGGAUAUGGUAGCCAUAUCAAACGACAUCCUAUCCUACCGCAAGGAACAAGCAGAAGGCGUGCCACACAACAUGGUGACAGUCUGUCGCUCAAAUGGCAUGUCCCCGCAAAAGGCCUUCAACACAGUAGGCAAACUACUAGAGCAGCGGUACCGGCGCUGGGACGAAACUGAAGCAAGUGUGCCGAGCUGGGGCGAAAAGACUGAUGUGCAGGUUCGCAAGUACAUUGAGGGCAUCAAAUGCGUAGUCAAGGCCAAUCUCAACUGGAGCUUUAAAUCAGAGCGCUAUCUUGGCUCCAAUCCCGCGCACGUUCGAGUUACUCGAGUGCUUCGUAUUUUGGCGGAGACACCAGUUUCACAAGAGAGGAUGGUUGCUGUGAAGAAGCACCAUUCAACGCUGCAGUAUGAUACGUUGAAGAUCAUCCGGAGCUUGAUAAUUUGGUUGUUUCAUUUGAUUUAA